AUGCCUGCAAGAACAACCGCCCGUUCUUCGAGGACGUCAGCUGCGCGAAGCUCUGCUGCGUCUCGUACCUCACCGGUCGCCGAACCAGUUGAUACCCCCGACAACGCUCUACGAACCAAAGUAUGUGCUGUCUUUCGUGAUGCACAGAGGACCACGGCGACACACCGCAAGCUUGUUGUGAAUCUACGAAAGAUCCAGGAGUCUUGCGCUUACGAGCCAACAAACCCCGACCAAUCUCAUGCAGAUGAUUUCGACGAGGAUGCUUUUAAUCAAGAAUUUAUACGCUGUGUCAGCAAAAUCAUGCCAAUCAAGAAGUCGGAGAGUGUGGGAGAAAAGUCAAUUAAAUUCACCGGCCUCUUUCUACAGCACGCAAGUGCAAAAGACAAUGAACUUCUUGGAGAGAUUGAUCAAGAUGCGAGUGUCAUGCCAGAGACUCCGAGCACUCGCCUAACCUCACAACUUCUCGAAGCCAUUCUUCCUCUUCUGACCGCCAAGGAUAAGGUGGUCCGCUUCAGGUCGACGCAGCUCAUUUCUCACAUUAUCAACUCGCUCGACGCGAUAGACGACGAUCUCUUCCAGAAACUGCGCCAUGGGCUACUUAAGAGGAUCCGAGACAAGGAGGCCAUGGUCCGCUCUCAAGCGGUGCUGGGUCUUGGUCGUCUUGCAGGAAAUCAGACGGAAGGUUGCACCAACUCUGAUGAUAGCGACGACGACGAUACCGGACUGCUCGAGAAGCUGCUGGAAGUUCUACAGAACGACCCCAAUGCUGAUGUGCGAAGAUCGCUCCUCGUCAACCUUCCCAUCUUACCUGAGACUUUGUCAGUCCUUCUCGAGCGCGCGCGCGAUCAAGAUGCAGCAACUCGAAGGGCUGUUUAUUCCAGACUCCUCCCUGCCCUAGGUGAUUUCCGCCACUUGUCCGUUAAAAUGCGAGAGAAGCUCCUUCGCUGGGGCAUUCGUGACAGAGACGAGAACGUCCGAAAAGCUGCAAGCAGACUGUUCCGCGAGCGAUGGAUUGAGGAUUGCGCGGGUGUACCACCUCAAGAGGAUGGCGUACCUGCAGAACCGGCACCUCCCAACUUUGACGGCCUCCUUGAACUGCUAGAGCGAAUCGACGUGAUCAACACUGGCGUUGAGAACGGCGUUGCACUAGAGGCCAUGAGAGGCUUCUGGGAAGGACGCCCGGACUACCGUGAAACAGUAGAGUUUACUGACAACUUUUGGGAGACCCUAUCUGCCGAGUCUGUCUUCAUGGCCAGGAGUUUCAAUGAUUUCUGCCGCCUCGAAGGCGAUGGCAAGUACCUGAACCUCUUGGAAGAAAAACUCCCCGAGGUCACCAAGCUCGCUUUCUUCUUGGAACGAUACCUUCACGUCCUAACUGCUGCCGUUAAGAGGGUAGCAGAGGCAGAUGACGAAGAUGAAGAAGAAGAAGACACGGUAGAGCAGGAGUUUAUUGUUGAACAACUACUCCAAAUUGCACUGACCCUCGAUUACUCUGACGAAGUUGGACGACGUAAGAUGUUCACCCUGCUUCGACAGGCUAUUUCGAUUCCUGAUUUACCAGACGAGGUCACAAAGCUCGCCGUAGAGACACUUCAGAGUAUCUGUUCGCCAGAUGCUGCCGGAGAGCGAGAAUUCAUAAGCAUUGUCCUAGAGUCAGUAGCAGAUGUCCAUGACACAAUUGUCGACGACCUUCCUGCAGAUGAUGCAGAAGACAGCUUCCAUUCAGCCAGAUCAGAGGUUAGCGGUCAGAGCACGCCAACUAAGGGAAGCAAGCGAGGCGGUUCCCCUGAACUGAGCGAGGAAGAGGCGCGUGAGAAGGCAGUCAGAGAAAUUGUUGUCAACAUGAAGUGCUUGCAUAUCGUCCAGUGCAUGCUCACCCAUGUGGCAAGCAACCUCCAGGACAACACCGAUCUUGUAGCGAUGCUGAAUAACCUCGUUGUUCCAGCAGUUCGAAGUCACGAGGCACCCGUACGGGAACGAGGCCUGGUUUGUCUUGGACUUUGUGCCCUCCAGGAUCGCUCACUUGCCGAGGAGAACCUUAGCUUGUUCAUGCACUUUUUCACCAAGGGUCACACAGCACUCCAGAUCACAGCUCUGCACAUUCUGACCGAUAUUCUCAAUGUCCAUGGUGCCCAGCUCUUAUCGUCAACACCUGGCCUGCUGAAGAUUUACGUCAAAGCUGUCAAGGGUGGUGGCAAGUCACCUGAGGUCCAGGCGGCUGCUACCGUUGCUGCCUCAAAGCUGCUGCUUGGUCGUGUCGUCAGCGAGGAGGAAGCCUGCCAGGAUCUGCUCAAGUCACUCGUCGUUGCGUACUUUGACCCCUCGUCUGCAUCCAACCAGACUGUUCGACAGGCACUCAACUACUUUCUCCCUGUCUUCUGCUUUUCCCGAGAAGAGAACCAAAACCUCAUGCGGUCCAUCGCCCUUGACGCAAUCCAUGCUCUAUUCAAUGUCCGCGAAAGCCUGGAAGAUGAUGAUGUGGAUGUUGACGAGGACAUGGUCAGCAUGACUACCAUCGGAGCUUGCCUCGUCGACUGGACCGAUCCCCGAAAAUGCUACAGAUCUACAAACCUGCUGGAAUCUGACAAGAAGGCGGUCAAUGGUGACGUGCAUCUCGACUUUGCCAUGGAUAUUCUAGAGAAAUUACAAGGCAACAUUACGAAAGAAGAAAAGAAACUCAUCGGUACUCUUCUCGGAAAGCUCCACAUUUCCCCUGGAUCAAGCGAGGAGAAGCUGCGUGAGGCUUACAAUGAAGUCAGCAUCGCAGUGGAAGAAGGCUUGUUAUCUGAUGCCACUAGCCGCAGCGCUCUCUUCAAGCUUCAUGUCAGUUUGGGCAAGAUCGUGAAUGCCCUUGAUGAACAACAACCAGCCCACCGACGUACCAGCAGAAGUACCUCUGUGAUCACAGAUCAUCAAUCACCUGAGGAGGAGAAGACGGUCAUGGAGGAGCCAAGCAUUAAGGAGGAGGAUGAAGAAAGUGAUGACACUGUGGUUCCUAAGGAGGAAAAGGAUGAACGAGAAUCUCUUGUGGACGACCUCUUGUCUGAUGGCGACGAUGUAGAGAUGACAGACGUGUAA